AUGGCAAGAAUUGAUUCUGAAGGUAAUGGUGCUGAUAUCUUGGCUAAGGGGGUCGACAAUACUGAUGAAGUUGCUGUGAAUCUCCAUGCUUGCUUUGUUUUGAAUCCCACAUACGCCACUUCAAUUACUAAUAGGUCGUUUGUUACACACGUCACCGCUGCUAUAAAGAAUUCUCACGGUGACACUGUAGGGCCAACGCCUGUUGUUGCUGAUGACGAGAGAUUGAAUCUUCUAUGCAUUGAUGAUGAUUACUCAAAAAACCAUGUCGCUGCUCCGACUAAUAACCAAACAUUAGAUGAAUCCGGUAGUGCUGGUGCCUUUUCAAGGAGAAAUCUGUCCAGUACUAUUAACUACCAGAAUAACAAUAUUGCAUUUGCUUCUGACAAUGCAUCUAAAAAUCACUAUAUUGAGAAUGAUCAAUAUUUUGAAAUCACCCAGAUGUUGAGAAAAAUGACUCUCUCAUUGACUAUCACCAGCAUUGAAAGCAGGUUAUCUCAGCUUCAAAGUAUUGAUUAUUGUGGAUCAUUCAGUCCAGCAAAUAGGCAUGAAGGAGUUGGAGUUCCUCCUGCUGUUGCAGCAUCAAGGCCGAUCAAGCUUCAUCAAAGAGAUGUCACCACUGCAUCCUUUCAUGGUGAUUUCGAAGCUGAAUUCUACAAUGCUGACCAACGAGGGGCGAUUCUCUAUGCUGCUUCUGAUUCGGACAUCAUGUGGGCUGGAAGGGUUCACACUCAAUCUGCCGAUCUUCACAAAACUAAAUCUACUGAUGAAACAAUGUUGGUCAACAUUCUUGGUGAUGUCCCAUUUGCAGAAACCUCUGGUUCAACAGCAUUAGUCUUUGUCGCAAAGGGACCAUUCAAAAGACUGAAACAAAAAAGAAUGAUAGGCUAUCUUUGUCACAAAAAGGGAUAUUUAGCAAGGGAGUGGAUCGCACUACUACCUGUUUCAGCUGGAUCGUCAGUUAGAGCCGAUGCAUCUGCUGUUGUUGCUGAUUUGGGUGUCCCUAACAAUCAUCAGCAUAAUGAAGACAUCCGUGACACAAUUGAUCUUCUCAAUGAAAUUGGUAGUGUGAUCCAUUUGAAUAAUGGAUCCGUAAAAUAUGUUCAAUAUGCCUCCGAUGAUUCAAAUAUAAUUUCAAUAUCACUAUUCGACUAUAAUGAUGAAGGUAGAAAUGGUCCCGAUCACAAUGAAUUGGAUUCAAGGCACUCUGUUGGAUCUGCGGAUGGUCCUGCUCAAGUUGCCAAGGAUAACACCGGUGUUGAAUCUGAGAUGGACUACUUUGCUUUAACCAAAAGAGUUCUUCAAGAAGAAAUUGAUGGGAUUGAAAAUGAAUUUGAAUGUUUUACAACUGAAUUCAACAAUACUAAUCCUAUCAACUUGAUGUUAAACUACAAACCGCCCUUCUUUAACUCUAGUGCUUCACAACUUAUUUGUGCUGAAGCUGAUUUGUUCACCUUCUCAAAUCCUUAUUCGGAUCCAAUUGCUGAAAUUGGUGGCACCAUUUUGGAUCCCUCAGUUAUUGGUACUGUAAUGCUUCUGAACGAUCAAUCUUUAAUGUAUUUUCUCAAUUCUAUGGAUGAUGGAAUCAAACAUGAAAUGUCUGCUCCUUAUGAAGAUCCAUCAUUUCCUGCCGCUGAACAAGCAUUUCCAGUUGGCGUUGAAGUUACACCUACUGCAGCUGGUGCAAUGAGGCGCAACGUGUCCACUGCUACCAAACUCAAUGAUAAGGCAACUGCAAUUGCCUCAGACGAUACAUCAAAAGAUAACUCCAAAGGGGAUGAAUAA